AUGUGCCGGCUAAGCUCUAUUAGCAUCCUUGAUUUGUCCAAGAACAAGUUGUCUGGUGUUAUUCCGCCAUGUCUGAGCAAUUUGAGCGAUAGCCUCUUCGUCUUGAGUUUGAAUGGCAAUGAUUUAUAUGGAAGAUUUCCUCAAUUGCAAAAUGACGUAUGUGGGUUGAAUAUGAUAGAUGUGAGUGAUAACCAGCUACAAGGGUUGUUGCCAAGGGGAUUAGCUAAUUGUAGCAAUCUGGAAUUUCUCAAUAUUGAAAAUAAUCAGAUUGUCGACACCUUUCCUUCAUGGAUGGGCUCGCUUUCUUAUUUGAAGGUGCUCAUUUUGCGUUCCAAUAGAUUUCAUGGAGCCAUAGGGGAACCUAAAGCUCGUGACCAAUUUCCCAACCUACGAAUUGUUGAUCUAUCUAUGAACAACUUCUCGGGUAGCCUUCCAUCUGAAUACUUUGAUAUGUGGAGUGCCAUGAAAGUCCACGAUGCAGAUGAUGCACACUACUAUGGAACUCUUGUGGUCAAUGUCCUCCAUCGUAUUUCCCUGGAUGAUGGAAAGUACGACUACUCGAUGACAAUAAUCAACAAAGGCAUUUUAUUGGAGUACAAAAGGAUAUUGGCAUAUCUCAAUGUGAUUGAUCUUUCGAGCAACAACUUUAUUGGGGAAAUCCCGAAUUCUAUUGGAAGUUUAACUGAACUUCGGAUGCUCAAUCUCUCCAACAAUGCUCUUACUGGCUCCAUCCCUUUGUCCUUGGCAAAUUUGACCGAACUGGAAUCUCUUGACCUUUCAAGCAAUAAGCUCUCGGGAAUGAUCCCUCCAGCACUAGCCCAACUCAGUUUCCUUGCUUUCUUCAAUGUCUCGGACAACCAUCUUUCUGGGCCCAUACCUCAGGUGAACCAGUUCCAUACAUUCGAGAAUGACUCCUAUGGAGGGAACUUAGGACUGUGUGGAGUUCCUCUGACAAAGAAAUGCGGAAAUCUUGUUGAAGCGCCCCCGCACCACCAUCUGGUGCAUUUGCUGAAGAGAUUGAUUGGAAGAUUGUCCUUGAUGGGUUUUGGAAGUGGGCUGGUCAUCGGCGUGGUUAUGGGGCUAAACACGACUUCUAGAAUUGAGCGUCGGUUCCUGAGGUUCUAUAGAGGAUGGCAACGAAGACGGAUGCACCAAAUAAGGUUUGUGUGA